AGCAACUGGAGGCAGCGGCGCAUCCGGAGGAGACUGCAGCAGCGGAGGACCGGAGCCCAGAUCCAGGACUGAGCUCUCGGCACCAUGAACCCCACCACUGGCAUCGCUCUCCUGCUAACAGUCUUGCAGGUGGCCUGUGGGCAGAAGGUGACCAGCCUGACGGCCUGCCUGGUGGACCAGAGCCUUCGUCUGGACUGCCGCCAUGAGAAUACCACCGCCUUGCCCAUCCAGUACGAGUUCAGCCUGACCCGUGAGACAAAGAAGCACGUGCUCUUUGGCACUGUGGGGGUGCCGGAGCACACAUACCGCUCCCGAACCAGCUUCACCAGCAAGUACAACAUCAAGGUCCUCUACUUAUCCAGCUUCACCACCAAGGAUGAGGGGCUCUACACAUGCGAACUCCGCCUCUCUGGCCAGCCUCCAGUCGUCUCCAACAAGACUGUCUCUGUACUCAGAGACAAACUGGUCAAGUGUGAGGGCAUAAGCCUGCUGGCCCAGAACACCUCGCGGCUGCUGCUGCUCCUGCUCUCCCUGCCCCUCCUGCAGGCCAUGGAUUUCAUCUCCCUGUGACUGGUGGGCCCGCAGAGGACACAGGAAGCCACAAGGCCCAGUCCAGUGAUCCUACUUCUCUGUGUCAGCUGACCCCUCCCACCAUCCCUCACACACCUCGGGGAGAAAUGAGGACCCCACCCCUCAUAAGGAAUCCCAGUGCUGCAUGCCACUACCUACCCACCGCGACCCCACCCCACCGCCACCCCACACCCUCUCCGCACGCCACUGGCUGUCUUUUUGUACUUUUUGUUCCAGAGCUGCUUCUGUCUGUUUUAUUUAGGGUUUACCCUUCCUUUUCUUUGGGAGUUUGUGAAAAGGGAAGCCAGGGUUGGGGACCUGAUGGAGAGAGAGGGUGUGGGAGGGUAGUGGGAUGGAAGGGUACCAGUGCCUGAGGGCUGUCCUUGCCCAUGGGACCAGAGGCCUGGGAGACACCUGGAUGAGGAGAGGGACGGGGUGUGUUUGGGCCUAGCACAUCCCUCAGCAGACAAGGGUGGUGCCUGAAGACCCCAGAUGUGAGGGCACCACCAAGCACUUGUGGCCCAUCAGGGGAGGAGAACCGAGCGUCUCCAGGAGCAUUCUCUGCCACAGCAAGAAAGCUGGCCUCUCACCACCGCAGAAGUCCCCUAGGGGCCUUGGGCCCAGAGCACAGUUCAGUGAAAAUGCAGAUUUUGCCCAGGGAUCAGUGCUAAUGGAAGGUUGGGGAUGCAGGUAGAAGGGAGGGUCCAUCACCCCUCCCUACAUGAGGAAGCUAAAAAUAGGAGCCUACUGUCCCCCACUGCCUCAACCAGCAGUUGAGAGGGUAGCAGAGGAGGACAAGCCCCCUCCCAGGCUGUCCCAAGCUCCUAAGAGCUUCUGGAACUCUGACCUGGAGGCAGUAAGGCGGGCCAGAUGGAGCCCCAGAGCCGGGCCAGUGUGGCCCCAGUGUUUCUUCAGGAGUCUCUUCCUCGCUUCCCGUCAGUGCCAGCCUCUGCUGGCUGGUGCCUGAGCCUUCAGACAGCCCCCUGCGCCACAGGCCUGCCUUCUCAGGGACCUCUGGGGGCCUGAGGCAGGCCAUGGAGUGAGACCCACGAGUGGGACACACCUCAAGAGAUGGCUUUUCCCAACACCUACCUCCCCUUCUGGCGGCUCUGCCCUGUCCUGUGACCAUGUGUAGUGCCACCACAGCUUACGGCAUCUCAUUGAGGAAAAAGAAAACUGCACAAUAAAACCAAGCCUCUGGAAUCUGU